AUUUUUUGAAAUCAUUGUUCUCUGUCACCUACCCUCCAUGUGAUAUGAAGUCCACAUAUGGCACUAGUUUUUAUAAAUUUUCUAUAUAUAUACACACCAACUAGAACAUAUAUCAGGUUAAUAUUCAUUCUUUCACAGUUUUUGGACCACCAGAAUAGGACCAUAUGGCUUUGAAUGUCCAUACAUUGUUUUUGCUCUCUCUGUUUAGCAUAGCUCUACUUGUAUCCAUGCACCCAGCAACAGCACAAAAGUCAAAUAAUUGUAAUUUGUUCUUUGGAAGCUGGGUGAUUGACUCUUCAUAUCCUCUCUAUGAUUCUUCAAGCUGUCCUUUCGUUGAAGCUCAGUUUGAUUGCCAACAAUUUGGAAGACCUGAUAAUCAGUAUCUUAAAUACUCUUGGAAGCCUGAUUCAUGUGAUUUACCAAGGUUCAAUGGAGAGGAUUUCUUGAAUAGGUGGAAGGAUAAGAAGAUAAUGUUUGUGGGUGAUUCAUUGAGUCUAAACAUGUGGGAAUCAUUGUCUUGUAUGAUUCAUGCGUCGGUUCCGAAUGUCACUACAAGCUUUUCUAGGAAAGAACCAAUGUCUACUGUCUUCUUCCGGAACUAUGGAGUAACCAUACAACUAUACCGUACACCAUAUUUGGUGGAUAUAAUUCAAGAAGAUGUUGGUAGAGUGCUUACCCUGGACUCUAUAAAAGCUGGUAAAGCAUGGGUAGACAUGGACAUGUUGAUCUUCAACUCCUGGCAUUGGUGGAUCCACACUGGAGAUUUACGAGGGUGGGAUUUUAUCAGGGAUGGUUCUAAUCUAGUGAGGGACAUGGACCGUUUGGAUGCAUUUUAUAAGGGAUUGACCACUUGGGCUGGUUGGGUUGAUGCAAACGUUGACCCUACUAAAACUAAACUCUUCUUUCAAGGAAUUUCCCCUACUCAUAACAAAGGACAAGAUUGGAAUGAACCGAAGAAGACAUGUAGCGGGGAAGUUGAACCGUUACCCGGAACAACAUAUCCUGCCCCUCUACCUCCUGCAAAUGAUGUUGUGAACAAAGUGUUAAAGAACAUGAAGAAGCAGGUUUAUCUACUUGACAUAACACUUCUGUCACAACUAAGAAAAGAUGCACAUCCUUCUAUCUAUACUAAGGAUCCAACUGGCAUUGAUUGUAGUCAUUGGUGCCUACCAGGACUGCCUGAUACUUGGAACAUACUCCUAAAUGCAGCUCUAAUCAUUUGAAAUUAGAGUAUUGUGAUUUGUGAGUAAAUGAAUGCUAACUAAAGGAAGGGGGUGUUGAAUUCAAUUGUAAUUUGUAAUAAAUGGCAUUCUUGAUUUAAUAGAUCACAAAAAGAAAAUGCUAAUGCAUAGUAAAUUUAA